AUGUCUUUAGCAGCAGAUAACGACUUCAUGCCAAUUCCAGGCACCGUCUAUCUCGUGGACGUGGAGCACAGUCUCCGGGGCCGUUAUGCAGAGGUUGGGGAUAUCGUGCUCGACCCCGUUCCGUCCAGUGACCCGGAGGAUCCCCUCAACUGGUCGCGCCGCAGGAAGUUGCUUGCCAUGGCCUGCCAAAGCCUCUACACCUGGUUCGCUGGCAUUUCGUUGUCCACGGUCUACUCGGUGCUGGUGCCCCUGUCGAGUGCAAGUGGUGUGUCUGUGCCGACACUCAACGAGGGCACUGGGUACAUGUUUCUCUGCCUCGGAUGGGGCCUACUCUUCUGGCAGCCAUUUGCUCUCCGCUACGGCAAGCGUCUGACAUAUCUGGUCUCCGUCCUAGGCGCCAUCGGUACUUGCAUCUGGGGCGCCCACGUCAAAAGCAAUGGCGAGUGGAUCGCCAAGUGCAUCAUACAGGGAUUUAUGGUGGCACCCAUCGAGGCACUGCCUGAAACCUCUAUCACCGACGUCAUCUUCACCCACGAGCGUGGUACAUAUAUGGGCUUGUACGGCAUCACCUUGGCAGGAAGCAACUUUUUCGCCCCCAUCAUCUGCGGCUUCAUCGCUGAAUAUCAGGGAUGGCAAUGGGUCUUCUAUUACCCUGCCAUAUUCCUUGGUGCCGUGUUCGUUUUUUUGUUCCUGUUCUUGGAGGAGACCAACUACGAGCGCCAGGUCAUCAUCAUCGCUACCCCCGCAGAUGCCAAACAGGGAGUCACUAGCAUUGAGGAUGGGAAGAAAGGUGCCUCCGACGUUGUCGAUACCCACAGGACCUGCAGCGCCCAACUGCCAUCUCCUCAGCAAGAGUCCCAUACCCAUGCCCCCAAGACAUUUCUCCAGAAGCUGGCCCUUUGGAAUCCAGCAUCCGGUGAGCCAAUGCUGUCCCAUGCGGUACGAAGCUUGCGGUAUCUCGGCUGGCCUGUGAUCGCAUUCGCCGGUUUCUCCUACGGAAUCUAUCUCCUCUUGUUCAAUGUGCUUAAUGCCACCGCAUCGCUCAUUCUGGGAGGCCCGCCAUACAACUUCUCACCGUCCAUGGUUGGGCUCUCCUACGUAUCGUGCUGCAUUGGCGUUCUUACCGGCUCUCUCUGUGCGGGCAAGAUGAGCGAUUGGCUGACCAUCUGGAUCGCGCGGCGUAACGGCGGUAUCAUGGAAGCCGAGGCCCGGCUGUGGCCCUUCUGCGUCUGUCUGAUAUUGGUGCCCGGCUCGCUUCUGCUUUGGGGCGUGGGUGCGCAGCAUGGCAUCCACUGGAUGGGCUUGGUGUUUGCCAUGGGAACCCUCGCGUUCACGUCUGCCAUCGGCCUCGCCCUCAGUAUCAACUACAUGAUUGACAGUUAUCACGCCAUCAGUGGCGACGCCAUCGUCACCAUGAUCUUGAUCCGCAACACCAUGUCAUUUGCCAUUAGUUAUGGCAUCACCCCCUGGCUUAGAAACCUGGGUUAUCAGAAUUGCUUCAUCUCUGUCGCCUUUGUGGGAUUGGCUAUCUCGUCAGUCUUUCUAAUCAUAAUCAAGUAUGGAAAGGCCCUGCGAAUUCGUAGUGCAGUCAGGUAUUGGGAAAUAACGACAGGUCGUAAACGGAAGAAGAAGUGCGAUGAGGACGGUUCGGCCUGCAGGGCCUGCCGUGAAGCAGGUCGGUUGUGUUUGUGGCCUUCGUCUACGCAACUGCGCGACCGUCGUUUCGCUUCCUACACACCACCUCGCCCAUGUCCGGCUCUCGAGACCGCAGUCGCACGGGCAGCCAUGUCUCAAGAACUUGAAGCCGUUAUGACGCGACACUUUAUGGACGAAUUCUACUGGUUGAUCCUCCUUCCUGAUUGCCACCCUGACUUUAUGCACGGGUGGAUAGCCGACAUGCAGCGCCUGAUGCUCAAGCUCCCAAGUCUGCGAUAUUCCAUCCUCGCCUGCGCAGCAGCCCAUCUGCACGUUGCCGACAUGUCCCCGGAGAUGGAGCAGCUCACCCUGUCUUACUACGCCAAGGCCGUGAGCGAACUUUCGACAUUGUUAAACAAUAGGAAUGACCUGCAAAUCGAGGACGAUCAUCCCGUCCUCAUCUGCAUCAUUCUUCUCUACAUUCAAGGGUGCGAAUGCACCACUACCUCCACGGACAUUCCCAAACACGUCAACGCCGCCGCGCGGAUCCUUGCAAGAAAGUUCUUCCCAUCUCAGGCCCCGCGGGGUGUCAUCAAACGACCAUUCGAUCGACUCGCCAUCGAAAGCGUCAUUUAUCAAAUAUUCCUCGCCACAGCAGGAUCCUGGACGGACUGUAGUAGUUUCGGCUGCGAGUUUGACUCCGACUUCUGGGCCCAAGCUGAAGCUUUGCUGGCGACGUCGACGCUCUACCCAGGCAAGCCCUACAGCACCAAUAGCCCAGUCCUAGGCAUACCGGUAGCCUGCUUCCGUCUUGCUUUGACGCUAAAGCAGCAUUACCAGAGUGAGCAUGUAAUAGAUGAAGAAACAUUGAUCCAUGCCAGGACAGAAUUAGCUGCGUUGCUGGAAGUCGUGUUGCCUUCACAGUCAUCAUCAGCAUCAUCAUUACUAUUGCUGUUCAGCGAGGAGCAAGAUCAAGGAUGCCACGACUCCAAGCAGGCUCAUAAACAACACCUAGCAACCGAAGAGUCACACAUGAAGGUCCUUUGCUACAGAGACUCGGCUCAUCUCUACAUUCUCAUAGCCUCUCUUCUUCUAGAGCAGCUAUCCAACCGCCGGAUCAACUACGCGGCAGGCACAGGAGCAAUAGCAUCUAGAGACGGCGAAAGUACCAGGAAUCAUAUUCUUCCACCAGCAAUACCGAGUUCUACCAGCCAGAUACAGCAAGCGAUGCACAUCUUGCGACGACACAAGGACGAUGCCACAUGGUCUAACUUUUACGUUGGCCACUGGGCUGUAUACACCCUCGGUAUUUUUGUGCAGGACAAUGAUGAUGACAUCGAGGUCAUCCGCCGUGAUAUGCUGUCGCGAUGGGAGCGGACUGCGUGCCGUUUGAUCUUGCGCUUCUAUCAUGAGAUGGAGCAGACUUGGUCAGCGCUGCGAGCACAAGCAGAUACAGGCGUGUUUCAAGGCAAAGGAUCACUGGAUCGAGAUGGGGUUGCGCUUGAAUCGCUGCGUUUGGAGAGAAUAAGAUGA